GUUCUUGAUGUUAUAAAUAGGUUUUCAUUGCUUUAACUUUUUUUAAAGCAUACGAGUUAGGUUUUGGUUCCUUUAAUAAUUAAGGCUCGUUUAAAAUGGAUAGGAUCUCCCCUCUGAUCUCAACUUCUACUCUCCUUUGGUUUAUUUUUGUGUUAUAUAGUUUUUCGAAGGUUUAUGGGAAUUCUGAAGGUGAUGCUUUGAAUGCCUUAAAGGUACAACUAAGCGAUCCUAACAAUGUUCUCCAAAGUUGGGAUCCAACCCUCGUCAACCCAUGUACUUGGUAUCAUGUUACUUGCAACAAUGAGAACAGUGUUACUAGAUUAGAACUUGGAAACGCGAGCUUGAGUGGUCAGCUAGUUCCACAGCUUGGUCAACUCAUGAAUUUGCAGUACUUGGAGCUUUAUGGUAAUAAGAUCACAGGAAAAAUUCCUAAAGAGCUUGGGAACUUAAAGAAUUUGGUGAGUUUGGAUCUUUACAUGAAUCAGUUAGAAGGUCGCAUUCCAAGCACAUUGGGCAAUCUUCAAAAGCUUCGCUACCUACGUCUCCACCACAACACUUUGACAGGAACUAUUCCAUAUUCAUUAACCACUAUAAGUACACUACAAGUUCUUGAUCUAUCAUACAACCGUUUGAGAGGACAUGUUCCUGUUAAUGGCUCCUUUGCACUGUUUACAGCUAUGAGUUUUUACCAUAAUCCGGGGUUGAAACUUCCCGUCUCCAGCUCCGGCCCCAUUAAGUCCAUGAUCUUCCUUAGGCGAAGAACCAGAAUGAUGAUCAACCUACGGAGCAUAAUUAUUGCCUGUAACAUCUUAAGUAGAGAUGAAAAAUUUUAUGAAGUCUACGAAUCACAUCUACAAUCAUCUGCAGUAGAAGAUGUGAAAUAA